AUGGGAAAACCAAACUCGGAGCGAACACUAAACGACACGGAAGAAUUCAUGAGGGUUAGUCAACGCUAUGAACCGUUUCCAUAGCCCUGAGUUAACAAUACAAUAACAGAGUCUAUAUCUUGCCAUAAUAUUUUAUAAUGUCUCCCUGAGCCUCACCAAAUUCGCAAUCAUCCUCCAAUACAUGCGAGUAUUUACAACCGGGCGAGUCAAAUUCUGGUGCAAAGUUUCCAUUUGGGUGGUCAUUGUCUUUGGAGUCGAGUGCCUACUACAUUCCAUUUUUACAUGCUGGCCGGUGUAUAAAUUCUACAAAGUUACAAUGACGACUGGCCGUUGUAUCGAUAACAGAAUACUGUGGUAUCUCAAUAUGGUACUUUCAGCUAUUACAGACAUUAUGUUGCUAGUGCUGCCAAUACCAGUUCUGUUGAAGUUGGCUUUGCCGAGGAAACAGAAGAUGCUGUUGAUGGGAAUCUUUUCGCUUGGGGGAUUGUAUGUGGUGUCAUAAACGAAAUCGUAAGAGAACUUAGCUGAUGUUCAACAGUGCGCUUUUAGUGAGUUUUAUACGGUUGCAUAGUUUGAUAGAGGCGGCGACCUCAGAUGAUAUUAUCCGUAAGUUUUCUCUCUGAACAAGUAAUCCCGCAUACACAUACAAAAGCUAAAAUUCAUGCAGUCGUAAACACCUCUAGCGGCAUGUGGUCAGCCAUAGAGGUAAACGUGGGAAUCAUAUGUGCCUGUCUGCAAACCCUCCGUCCUCUCAUGGCUAGAGUCUUCCCCAAUCUCUUUGCAUCCACAACUCUGGAUCAACGCGGUUACGGAAACUCAAACAAAGUACCUUCGAGGGGGUGCAUUCAAAGUGGCUCAAAUGCCAGAGAUUUUGAGCUGGAUCGCAGGAGCAGAAUGGAUAUGCCACUACCAAACAAAGUCGUUACUACCGCUAAUACUUCUACGGAGAUUUUGCGAGGGGGGGAUGAUGCAGAAGGAGAGAACAGAAUUAUGGUCACCAAAUCUAUUGAUGUUAAGGUGGAGCAUUCCAAAGUUCCUGAAAGCCCUUAUAGGAUGAUUUGA